AUGCAGGCUACUGAACCCAGUACCCACUUCAAAACACACCCGGUGCCAAUUCUGCCAAGGACAUUUACUGACAAUCUAAUGUGUUCAUCUACGAAUUCCACAAAAUGCUCUACAACCACCCAAUCUGUUCCUUCACUUCCCAAAGGAAAGAAAUCCAAACAUAGGCGGCCCACUGUGAACAAAACUGCUAUAAGCCACAAGUGCCCAUACAUUGGUUGUGAAAAGUCUUACACCAAGAGCUCACACUUAAAGGCCCACCUCCGUACACACACAGGGGAAAAACCUUACGUGUGUGGAUGGGAUGGUUGCUAUUGGAAGUUUGCCCGUUCCGAUGAACUCACUCGCCAUAUACGUAAGCACACCGGUGUCCGCCCAUUCCAAUGUAUGAUGUGCCAGAAGAAUUUUGCCCGCUCUGAUCAUCUGGCUCUGCACAUGAAACGGCACAUAGUGAAUGUUACGCAAGCAAUAUGA